GUCAGACAAUUUUAAUGGGAGCAAAAACUUUUGCUAGCAUUGCAGAAAACUUAACUUUUGCUAGCAACUUAAAAGAAGUCUUAAAACCUUAUCAAAAAAAUCCCACCAAGCACAUUUUUGUAAUUGGCGGUCGUGAAAUCUACCGACAAACUUAUACGAUGGCGGAUUAUUAUUAUGUUUCGUUAGUGAAGGGGAUUUAUGAAGGAAAU